AUAUCAUUUUCCCGCCAAAUUGGACUAUUUAAGUCACAUCACGACCACGAUUCACCACUUCUCUCUUUUCCGGUAAAAGCUUCCGCCGACGAAGACUGAGGUUUCUUCCGGUUGCCUAAAUUGAUCGAAUCGGGGAUACCUGUUCAAACGAGCUUUUUAGAAGGAAAGCUGUUUCAGAGACUUUGAUGACAGGGACUUCUUCUGACGGUGCUGCAACAUUAUCAUCAGCUUGUGCUGUGUGUGUUGGCGAGAAGAGAAAGAGGAACCAGUAUGGUGAUAGUUGCAAUGAUAGAAAUCACGGUCCUGUAAGUAACAAUAGAAGAGGAUCUAAUGAUAAUGGAGAUACAGAAAGGGGAGAAGAGUCGGUACAAAUACAACCAAAGAUUUCUGAAUCUGUUGGUCCAAAGUUUAACGACUUUGGUAAGCUGAGGGAAGAAGUAAACUUUGCGGUUGGUCAGACCUGGGCUCUUUAUGAUACAACUGGGAUGCCUAGAUUGUAUGCUCAGAUCAGGAAAGUUUCAGCUCCUUGUUUUGGUCUUAGGAUUACAUAUCUAGAGCCAGAUCCAAAUGGUGAGAAAGAGCUCCAAUGGUUUGAAGAAGACUUGCCUGUUUCUGUUGGUAUGUUCAGGCUUGGGGAAAAUAAGAGCACACAAGAUCGGUCAAUAUUUUCACAUGUUAUUCAUUGCAGUGAACGAAGCAACACUCUUUGUUUCAGCGUCACUUGUCGUUUCAUCAACACUUGUCAUUUUAGUGUAUCCCCUAGAAAAGACGAGACUUGGGCGCUUUUCAAGAACUGGGAUAUUAAGUGGUCUUCAGAGCCAGAUUCUCACCGCAAAUUUGAGUAUGAAUUUGUCGAGAUUCUGUCAGAUUACGCGGAUGAAGCUGGUGUAUAUGUUGCAUACUUGCAUAAAGCAAAAGGAUUUGCUAGUGUGUUCUUCCGAAUGGGAACUGGUUAUGAAGGUAUAUUUCGUAUUUUACCUCACAGUUUGUAUCGGUUCUCCCAUAGGGUUCCUUCCUUCAAACUGACUGGAAUUGAAGGAAAAGGUGUGCCAAAAGAUGCUUACGAGCUGGACCAAGCUGCGUUACCAGAAUCAAUCGAAGAGAUCAUCGUGCCGUCAAACUCUGAGAGUGAUUUAAAGUCUAAACGUCAAGCCAUCUACUUUGCUAGGAAGGGGAAGGUUUUUCAAAUUGGCCAGAUUUGGUCAUUUUGCGGUCUUUAUCAAGAGUUUCCUCUGUACUACGGUAGGAUUCAGAAGAUCACUUUUACUCAGGUACACGAGCAGAAGGCAGUAUAUAAAUUACAUGUAAGUCCUUUAAAGGCUACUCGUUUUCCUUUGGAUGUGAUCGAGUAUGAAGACAAGAAGAUGCCUGUUGGUUGUGGAACUUUCUACGCUAGAAAAGCUCUCGAAAUAAUCAGUCCAGAUGAUGUUUCACAACAGAUAGUGCCUCAAAUCUCCAUGGAUGGAAAUGAAUAUACCAUUCUGCCUAAGAUUGGGGAAGUUUGGGUGAUAUACAGAUUCUGGAGUGAAUACAGGGAAUUCGACAAGGUUGGUUUAUGCAGCUAUGAUAUUGUUGAAAUUCUUGAUGACACAUUGGACUAUAAGGUCCAACUGCUGGAGCGCCACCACGGUCCUGAUGAAUAUGAAGAUGAAGAUGAAGAUGAAGAUGAUAAGUUGCUCUCCCGUUUACUCAGAAAGAAAAAAAAGUUCUUUAUAGAAGUCACGGAGUAUAAGCAUAAUGAAAUUGAUGGUUCGGAACCAAUAUUUACUAUCACAAAGUCGGAAAGGCUCAGAUUCUCGCAUAAGGUUCCUGCUUUCCGCGUAACCAAACAGAUAUACGGAGGAGAGAUAAAAGACCUUAUAGAAGUUGAAUCAAAAGCAUUACCUGAUCAUAUGUCCUGAUCAAACGGUUUGGGAUAUGGUUCCAUUUUACGUUCUAGGGAUGGGGAGGUCUUCAUAUCAUUGAGCAAAGAAAGCGAGGGAAGCCAAUGAUUCCUUUUUGUUAGCUUUACCUGAUUACAUGAGGUUUCCACACCAUUUGGUGCAUUUUGCCAGGUUUAAGAAUCAUUAAGACUUUCUCUAUUGGUGUAAGAAUGUUCUUCUUAUUCUAUGGAUAUGAAACAGCAGGUAUUUGCAGCUUGGUCUGAAAUUC